AUGAAGCUCGCGGUGUACCUGCAGCUCUUGGGCUUCGUGGGAGCUCUGAACUUGCGGGGCAAUCAGGAAGCCAACGUCACUCAAGGCAUGCCGCCGCCUACGGUGAGCACCAACGGCAAGACCAUAGAUGCCAGCGGGUUCUCCGACGCCUUCUCUAAGUCGUUCCGCAUCAAGUGCAAGGUGAAGUUUGACGACAUGAACGCCAACUACCCGAACAUCUUCCAUGGGCUCACCGCUUCAGGUGAUGUCGUAUUCACUAGCCACGGUUUGGGUCCUGUGUACGGCGGCAAGAAAGGCAAAGCGUGUCUGUUCUCGCAGACGAAGUCUGGCAUGGGACCUCAUGGCCGGGGCUUGGAUGCUCCUGGAGGUUGGAUUGGGACCAGCAAGAGACUGGAUGAUGGUAAGUGGCACGUCUUCGAGCUCGUGAAGACUGGGACGAACGCGCAGAUCAUCCUCGACGGAGAAAAAGUCGAAGCAGGACUUCCGAGCGGCAAGACUGCCGAAGAUUUCAUCCUCAGGCCCAUCAACUCCAUCCAGGUGGGAAGUGCCAAAAGCUCCGGCUUCAAGGGUGACAUCGGCGAUGUAGAGAUUCACGCGGGCUACGCCAACCAGCUGGUCUAUUCGGAUAUCACCUGUAAGGGCGAUGGUUUGCCGGGCAAAGCGACUUGCGAUGAGCAAGAUGUCACGGCCUGCGACGGGAAGUACACUAAGGUCACGACCUACACCGGCUGCUACUGCAAAGUCACAACGAGUGAGACGAAGAAGCAAUGUCUAGCAGUCGGCUUCCCAUUCUUGUUCCCCAUCCCGGGGACGAGCUCGGCAAGACAGCAUGAGUCCAGCGCACCAGAGCUGGCCCUGCUCUUCCUCCUCCUGGGCGCCGUGUUCUGUCACCACCUCCAGGAUCUCGUCGUGCAAGCCGGCGCACCGGACACUCUUCUGGAUGACUUCACAGUACAUUCAGCCCUGGCGGCGGCAGCACUGCUAGGACCAGGAAUAUUCGUCUGGAUGAUGGACCGGUUGGCCAGAGGUUUGAGUGCUCUCUUCUAUCCGGAGCAGAAGGUCUUGAAUGAUUUCUUGGACUUGGGCUACGCCUACCUGCCUCUCACGUGGCUCGCAUCUUUGGCCCACUACCUGAAGCUGGGUCUGGUGGAUGCCGGGCAGGUUCUCCCCACCGCUGCACGGACCGCGAGCUUCUUUGUGGCGGGCCUGGCAGA